AUGGGAAACCUCAAUGACCCGUAUUCGACAACGACGAGACGAGCCGAAAAUGGACGUGAAAUUGCGCCCGCUAUAGGACUCAAGUCGGUAGCCGACACUAGUGGCUAUCCCGGAUUUGGGUGCACCGAGCCAUGUCGGGAAAGCUUCACCGACGUCAUUUCCUGUAAAGAUACCGUCUGCAAAGAUACGGCAGAAAACAAUGUGUGCGAAAAGUCAUGCGACUAUCUGCAGCGCAUUUUCACAGAAAAGCCUGGCGCUUGUCCGAAAUUCGCCAAUCAGUCCAACUAUGAAUGCACAGCGCUGUGCCAUCUCGACGGCGACUGCCCAGAAACGGGAAAAUGCUGCUCGUAUGGUUGCAGUCGACAGUGCGCGCUCCCGAAAGGACGAGAUCCACGACUGUUGCCCAUACCGAGCUCGAUUUCCGUUCAGGAACGGAAGAGGAAACGCCGUGAACAAAACGCCGCCAACUCAAAUCUCUACGUGGUUCAAUGGCGAUGGGGUCUGCAACCGGACGGUGAGAGCAUGACCGAAUGGCAAACCGUCACUGUGCGAAACAAGCCAUAUGCGAUUCUGAAGCAUCUACUGUCACCUGGUCGUUAUUAUCAGUUCCGAGUCGGCGCCGUCAGCGUCCAUGGAAGCCUUGGGUUCAGCCAGCCAUCGCAGCCCUUCAAACUUUCAAAAGAGGCUCGGGCUCCAUCAUCGCCACGUGACAUAUCCCUGGCGCUUCCGAGCUGUAAACAACCCCUCCCUAUUUGCGCCUUUGGAAUCAACAUAGUUCAAUGGACACCGCAGCCAGCGGACGACUACCAUCACGAAUUAUACAAGGUGUCAUUUCAGCUUUCAUGGGCCGUGUCAUCCGCUUCCGAAGCGAAUGCUUUUGAAGAAAUGAUGCGACGACGUGCCACGCUCACUACCCACGAGAAAAGAAGUCUUGAUGAAGAAGAAGAGGCCUGGGGUAUCGAUGGACGGGAUCGUCACUCCGUGAUCGUUCCCAGUCACACCACCCAAUCUGAGCUCUCUGGACUGUUCCCGAAUUCUGUCUAUAUUGUUGAGAUACACGCUUCGGUGGAUUCAAGCGAAGGUGAACUGCACGGUGAGAAGGGCAUCAUUUUCGUGCGAACGCUGAAUGCCACCACAUCGCAGAUUCUCAAGGAGCCUCCAAUCGACGAAACUGGUUUCGACCUAGCCGUGCCGACGACUUCUUCCGAUGAGGACGAUGAUGCUAAUGUUGAUAUCCAGACUCCAUUCUACGACGGAGAGCUGCAGACCUCAGUGAGUUGGAUCAAUUCGGCUGUUUGUUCACCGGAGAAGAAAACAUUUGUGGUGAAGGCGAAGCGUGGAACUUGCAGAGAAUAUCAGCUCAAUCAACAUUCGGACACAACCGUCCACGAACUACGCGUCACUGAAUGUUCGGCAACCAUUCGUGGCUUGACGUUUGAUUGCGACUAUUCGCUGGAGAUCACGGAAGUUGGCAAUGCUAAGACAAUCCUCACCGGCAGCUUCUCAACGGACCCGUGCGAUUCCACGCCCUCAAGCGGUGCUGUUCCCUGUCUCUCGCUUGCUACGCCCGUCUUCUGCAUCGUUCACACCACCGUUUCCUGCCACUGGCCCGAGUUACACCCUAGAUGA